GUCUUUUACGAAUUCGUAGUGAUGGUGGCUGGCUUCCUUGCGAACGAAGCGUCGUAAAUUACAGCAUAUUUAUAAAUUUUGUUAUUAAUUUGAUCGUGAAACGAUCGAAUCAAUAGUGUUAUAAGUGCUCAAGAAGUUUCACAACUAAUCGACAAUGAGUUCGAGCGUAUGCUACAAGUGUAACCGGACGGGGCACUUCGCCCGGGAGUGCACUCAGGGCGGUGUGGCCGCUCGCGACUCAGGCUUCAACCGCCAGCGCGAAAAGUGCUUCAAGUGCAACCGCGCUGGACACUUCGCGCGGGACUGCAAGGAAGAGGCUGACCGUUGCUACAGAUGUAACGGCACGGGACACAUAGCGCGUGAGUGCGCGCAGAGUCCGGAUGAGCCGUCGUGUUACAACUGCAACAAGACUGGGCACAUCGCGCGGAACUGCCCGGAGGGCGGACGCGAUAGCUCCAACCAGACCUGCUACAACUGCAACAAGUCCGGCCACAUCUCACGCAACUGCCCUGAUGGCACCAAGACUUGCUAUGUGUGCGGAAAGCCCGGACACAUCUCCCGCGAUUGCGAUGAGGAGCGGAACUAACACACGCUUCGUCGCGACUGCCUAUAUAUAAAAUAAACUAUGUAUAUUAUGAUGCCACGCACGGACGAUAAGCAAAGGACGCGAUACGCGACACUAGAUCGUAAGACCACACGACUGUAUGAAAUUAAUGCAACGGAAUUAUAAAUCAGAUGCAGCAGCGGUAUUCACGUGACAGACUGAGGUGUAUGAUUUUUAAAAUGUUGACUUGUAUAUAGGUCUCCCCGCCGCGCGAGUGCUGGCGAUGCUGCCGGUGCUCGUCGAUAGGAUAAUGUUUGUUCUUGAACGACGUGAACGAGUUAUUGUGUUUUAAAUCAUUUAAUAAUCGUGAUUGAACUAUUGAGGAGGUAGCGUUACAGUUUUUAGCAUUACAGAGUAUAUAUUUAAUAUAUUUUGUACAGAUUUUUUUGACAAAAGAUAAAUUGGAUGCUGGCGUAUAAUGAGUUUUCAAUGUGAAGAGUGGAGGCCCCGGAGCGACCCGAACCCCUUCUGGACUCUCUUGUUCGUCUUGUUAUACAGUAAACGUUGUUCUUACGCGAUCGUAAUGCGAUCCGACGAGUCUUAAACUUACAUCCUAUCACUACGCGUGAUUUAUUUUUAUUGAUCAAUUCCUUUGUUUAUGAGAUCCUGCUAACUUGUGGAGAAUUCAGUGGUUAAUUAGAAUUUCAUCAAUUAAA